AUGGUCCCUUGUGGAAGAACAAAAACAGCCUCAAGAAAGAAGACGAGAACAAGAAGAAGCCACUUCAAGAAGCAGCAUCCAGAGAGCAGAAAACAAGAAACAUCAUCCACUGCAAGCUCAACAACAAGCUCCAAGGACUUCUCAAAGAAAAGGGUCAUGGAUUCUGAGGAUGUGGCUGUUGUGUGCUCUACUCCCAAAGGUCAAAAGUUUCGGAUACCUGAAAUUUCAACAUGCCCUCCAGCACCGAAGAAGCCAAGGGUGCUUACUAACUGUUCUUUGCGUAGAUCACCCUUAGCUUUCUUUGCACCACCAGACUUAGAGAUUUUCUUCUGUGUUGCACUUCGAGAUGUUCCCGUUUCAUUUGUUUGCUAA